AUAUACACUGCAGAUAAAACGUGUGGUAAAAGUGAGUUAAAACCAACUCAGCGACGACCGCGUGAACAGCCUAUUAUAUGUAUCAACAAAAGUGACCUGAGAGGUACUUUUCAGUGUAGGGACAACGUUUUAAGAUCAGGAACAGCCAUGCCUAGCAAGGGUUUACUGGAACGUUUAGGGAAUGGCGAGAACAUCAUCGUGGCCGAGGGUUAUGUGUUCGAGUUCGAACGGCGAGGAUACCUCAAAGCCGGCGCAUUUGUACCCGAAGUUGUCAUCGAAAGACCGGACCUGGUGAAAGGCCUGCACGAGGAGUUUGUUCAUGCCGGAAGUGACGUAGUACUAGCGUUCACGUAUUAUGGUCAUCGUAAGAAGCUCCAGGUUAUCAACCGAGAAGAUGACCUGGAAGCGCUGAACAGAUCUGCUUUAAGAAUCGCCCGCCAGGUGGCAAAUGAAACUGGAACAUUGAUGGCGGGCAACAUCUGUAACAGUACCGUGUAUAAGAGAGACAACAAGGUGGCGCAGGAAAAAACAAAGGCCAUAUUCAAGGAACAAAUCCUGUGGGCCGUGGAAGAAGGAGCUGAUUAUAUAUUAGGGGAAACUUACAGCGAGCUGGGAGAGGCAAUGUUAGCGCUGGAAACGAUCAAAGAGUAUGGAAAUGGUUUACCGGCAGUAAUAACGAUGAUAUCACACGUACCUGACAAGACCACGGACGGGGUAACCUUCUCCGAGGCCUGCAAGCGGUUGGAGAACGCGGGGGCCGCCGUGGUUGGGCUGAACUGCGGCAGGGGACCAGAGACUCUCAUGCCUCUAAUACGUGAAAUAAAGCACGCCUGCAAGGGGCCAAUCGCUGCUCUUCCAGUCCCAUAUAAAACCACAGCAGUACAGAAAACAUUCCAGUCUUUGACAGAUCCUGUCACAGGUGAGCGGGCGUUUCCGGUGGAUUUACCGGCACAUUCAUGCGGGAGAAGUGAUAUCAUUAAGUUUGCACGAGAGGCCAAGCAGCUGGGAAUUCAAUAUGUAGGACUUUGUUGUGGAAACGCUUCUCAUUAUUUGCGAGCUUUGGCGGAGGAAUAUGGCCGUACACCGCCAGCGAGCAAAUAUUCUCCGGACAUGUCAGAACAUUUCAUUUACGGUUCUAAGAAAGGCUUUGACGCGUACUAUACUGAAAGUCUUAAAAGUCAAGUUGGUUGAAUUAAAGUAAAAGAAAGCUAAAAUAUGAAGUAAAGUUCAUCAUACAGACAACUGAAAACUGCACGUAAAAGUAUUUUCAUCUAUUUUUUCAGAUUUUUUUUAUAAAAAUGUUGAAAGGCAUUCAAAUAUUUAAAUAGUAUGGUGGGCUUCAUGAGCCAUUACUGACGAUAUCUAGGAACUCUGACGUCAUAUUACCCUUUUUUUCCUAAUGUUCACAAGAAGGAAGGAAUUUUUAGGAACAUUAUUUCAGUAAUCAUAGGCAAAAAGAGUUAUUCCCACUUUCAGAGUCGUCUUUAGGGUUAGAUAAACCUGUGACGUCAGAGUUCCUGACAUCUGAUAGUAUGGUCCAUAAUGCACACCAUAGAAUUCAAGAAUACAAGUGUUUGAGCGCCUUUAACUCUUUUCACAAAAAUCUAAAAACUUAAUUAAAAUAUAUUUAUUGAUGGUUUUAAGUGGCCUAUUUAAUGAUGCCUAAUUCCGAUUUUUAGAGGUCUUUCCCAUUAAUAUAUCCUCACGACGGCAUUUGACGGCUUCAAAUUUCUCUUGCCUCUAGGUUAAGAAAAUUGUAGCUUCAUUGAGCACACUAAAAACUAAAUGCGAAACUGAUAGCCUUAGUAAAGAAAACAUAAAAUAGAUGAAGUAAGAAUCACGAGAAAGUCCACUAAAACUGUAUCUGAAAAUACUUUGACUAACUUUUGUAGAUUUUGUUUAUUUAUUUGGUUGGUGCGUUACGCUACACUAAAAAUAUUUCAAUAUACGGCGGGGGCGAGUAUUUUGGUGUGAGGAAACCGGGCAGAACAGGUUGCUGCCAGGCCUUCAUAGCAUGAGCUGGACUUGAACUCACAGCGGCCGCAUUGGUGAGAGGCCACGGGCCCAUUAAUAAAAUGCUGUCUCCAUUUUUAUAUUUAGUUCUAAAUGAAAUUCUUGUAACCUUUACUGGAACAUGGCGUGCAACGCCUAUUUUAGGGUCAGAGAAAAGUUGGUAUGACGCCAUUGACAAUACACGUUAUCACUAUUGUCUCCAAAACCCACCUUAAAACACAAACCAGUAAAUGACUGCAUUUAACUCAGUGAAAAAAUCUAAAUAUUAAGUGAAGGCAUUUUCAGUUUUUAAUGGACUUUCUACAUAAAAUUGCUUGAGUCUUGUUUUUCUUUCCUGCUAAGACACGUGCAUUGACUGCCUCGGCACUAAACUGGUGGAAAAGAAAUGCAAAUAAUCUAUGUAAAUUAAUUAAGAUACGUAACAAUGUAAUAUUUCUGGA